AUGGCGGCGGUUGGAGACGAGCGUGUGGCGGCCGAGGCCUGCCAGGCCGUCAACCGGCACCUCAACAGCCUCGUCCACCCGAGCAAGCGGUCCCGGCUGCGGGCGCUCGAGUGCAUCCGCGCCGAGUCGGUGCAGAAGCCGCUGUCGAGCGGCGUCCUCCAGCGGCUCCUCGACGCCUGCCUCAAGCCGCUGCUCCAGAGCCUGUCGGACCCGGCCGAACGCUGCCGGGAGCUCGCCGUCCAGACCCUGGCCGACUUCGUGCGGGCCGUUCCCGAGCCCCGCCGCGCCCUGCCCUACCUCAUCCCCGCCCUGGUGCAGCGCCUGGGCCAGGAGGAGCUGUCCGAGCCGGCCGAGGAGCUGCGCCUGGCCCUGCUGGAGCUGCUGCUGCUGACGGUGGACGUGUGCGGCCAGCAGCUCGCCGCCUACCUGGACGACAUGGUCAGGAUCCUGCAGAGGACCAUUGUGGACCCGUUCCCCGAAGUAAAGAAAAAGAGCUGCGAAUGUGCCUCAAAGUACGCGAGGUGGACGCCUGAAACUUUUCACAUGCAAUCUGAAUCUCUGAUUAAACCUCUGAUGCAGACCAUCUCUCACCAACAUUCGAAGGUCCGAGUGGCUGUCAUUAAGGCAACCGGAACAGUCAUUCAGUGUGGCAAUGGGAAGUCAGUUGAUGAUGUUAUCUCUCAUUUGGCACAGCGUCUUUUUGAUGACACACCAUCGGUACGUCAUGCAGUUACAGAUGUUGUAGGGAGCUGGCUGUUGGAGCUCAGGGACAGAUACUCUUUCUUUCAUAAACUCAUUCCUCUUCUUCUGAGCAGCUGCAGUGAUGAUAUGCCUCACAUACGGGACCUGGCCUACGAUUACUGGAAGAAAGUGGGUCUGCAGUGGCAAAGGGAAAACGAGGAAGACCUGAAGGAUAAGCUAGAUUGGUCUGCCCCAACCCCGGUCCUCUACCCUCCAGGUGAAAAACGUCCUGAGCUUGGGUGUCGAGAGCUUGUAUUUCGGAACUUGUACAGACUUUUGCCAGCAAUUAGCCGAGACAUAACUGACUGGGUUGUGGGGACAAGAGUUAAAGCAUCCCAGCUCCUGAUUAUUCUGUUGCUGCAUGCUGAGGAUCAUAUCACCCAGCACAUGGAGUUGUUGCUCAGCACCUUAUAUCGGUCUUGUAUGGAUGAAGAGCCACUCAUCGUUCAGAACUCAGUCAAGUCGGCAGAGCUGAUUGGAAUCUUUGUAAACCCCGAGGUAUUUCUGAAACUGAUUCUUACGACGCUUGAUAAAUCAGCCUGCUCAGCUCACCUGAUGGUUCUGUCUGCAGUCCUGAAAGGCAGCUCAGGACCAAUUCUACACCCACAUCUAAUGAGAAUUGGUACCACCUUGGCACUUCCUGAUGUGUGUCAGGCAUCUGAGAAGCUGGAAUAUUUGGAACAAGAACUUCUCUGUGUGCAGACAUUAAUUACAGUAUGUGGGAAGUCAUGUAGUGAAAUCAGUCUACAACUGCUGAAAGUGAUGGUAACCAUAACAUCGGUAACAUCUGACCAGGAGCUGAAAAACAAGGUCGAGAAGACCUUAGCUUGCCUCGCUACGGUCCAGAAUUUGGACAGCUUUCUGGAUUUGUACAGACAACAUAUGAGUCAGCUAAUAGGAUGGGUUGCAGCCACAGAGCACCAGUGGACCACCUACUCAGUGGAACACCGACAAUUUGAAACUCUAAUCACUCAAUCAGGUCCUGUCCUAGGUGAAUCCAUUCAUGAAGUUUUUCCUGUCUUGACGGCUUGCCUGCAGCCCAACCGAGAUCCUGAAAUGCGCUUGAAACUCUUCACUGUCUUAUCCAAAUUGUUGCUCAAAUCCAAUGAAACUCUGAACUCACAAGGGCAGUUCAGUAACUACCUGGAGACGCUGGUGAAAGAUAUUUUGGUGCCUAAUCUGCUGUGGCACGCUGGGAGGACGGCAGCUGCUGUCCGCACGAUUGCUGUAUCUUGCCUGUGGGCUCUGCUUCACAGCCAGAUUCUCACACAGCAACAGACUUUUACAGUAUAUGAGGAUCUGGUGCCAAAAGUGAUUUCAGCUUUGGAUGAAGACUCUAAAAUUGCUCGAACAUUGGCUUGUCGUAUUCUCAGUACCGUUAUGAAACUUUGUGGGAAUCAGCUGAACCCUGACCAGCUCAAUAAAAUUUACCCAGAACUUCUGAAGCGUAUGGACGAUGGUUUGGAUGAAGUGCGGGUGGAAGCUGCCAAAGCUCUUGCCAUUUGGUUUCACUGCACUGGAAAUGAUUAUGACAGGAUAUUGUUCAGGAGCCACAUUGAAUUCCUGUAUCGUGGGCUUUUGGUUCAUAUGGAUGAUCCAGAGAGGGACAUUCAAACAACUGUCUUAGAUGUUUUAAAAACAGGAAGCUUUAUUUUCCCACAGGUGCUCAUCCAAGAAAUUGAGGCUGUGAAACACAAGCACCGCACUCCUCAUUAUUGCGAGCAGCUCCUCCAGCACAUUUGGUCACUGAACAACAACACGAGCAAAGCCUGAAACAGCUGAAGAUUCAACAAACCCCAUUGAGACUGUGUAGUGUUCUAAUGAUGGAUAACUCACACUUGAAUGUAACAACAGAAUAUAUUUUAAUCUACAAACACCAAAAUAUCCAUUGACUAGGCAGCACACCCAGUACUUUUCCCCCAAUAAAUGCCUUAAAUGCUAAAUGAAAUAUAGGGAUAGUAUAAUUGUUUGGAGUUGGACGGUCAUUCAUGUUGAAAAUCCAUUGUUGAUCAACCGGACGUUACUGAAGUUCUCUGAGCUGUUAAGAGCAGACAUUAAGAUGUCUUUGUGUGGCAUGUUUGUUUUCAUUUGUUAAAUGCUUUUGGUAAUUCUGUCCAGAUCAUCUUUGUCUCAGCAGGUUGAAUCAGUUUUAAAAUGUAGCUUUGCUUCUUAAUUACAGCUCUUAUGAUUGACAUUAGGCCUGAGAGUUGUGGGAUUAGGUUUGAUGAGAUAACUUUUUGAUGAGACAAAAAAAUCCAAAGUUUAUUUAACUGCUGUGUCUCCCAGUUUUUCGAAAGGUACUUCUGCAACCGUGCGUAAGAUAACUUAAAAUACUCUUUGACUACAUUUUUACUUGCUCUCAAUGUCUUGCAUUUUUACAACAAAUUUUUUAAAAAUAUUUUACACAGGCAACAAUCACCGUUCUGUACAUAGAAUUAUACAGUCCAUCGUGUCUGUGCCGGCCCUUUGAAAGAGCUACCAAUUCAAUCCCACUCCCCAUAGCCCUGCAAACUUGUCCUCCCCAAAUAGUUAUCUACCUCUCUUAAAAGCUGUUAUCGAAUCAGCUUCCAUCACCAUUUCAGGCAAUGCAUUCCAGAUCCGAACAACUCACUUUGUUAAAAAAAUUCUCACCUCCCCUGUUUUAACAACCAUUUUAAAUUUUCAUAACUAUUUUCAUGUUAACUUUCCUGAUAAUUCCAUGGUUCAAGUCACUAUCUUGAACAUUUUUUUAUUUGUUAUGUUUUUGCUGAUACAGUAUUGUUCAUUUUGUGUGUACGAAAUUUAAUAAAUUAUUUGCUGUAACAUU